UGAUAUUCUUUUCUUAGAACCCUUGUAUUCAAAGGACACCCCACCGGAGCAGCCUGAUUUAGGAGGGAGGAGGCAAGGCAGUACCUUCCCCUCAGAGACAGUAGGGCCUGGUUGGGGAAGGAAGGAUGGACGGGCUUGCUGAUGUUUCAGACUUGUCACUUGGCGGCAGCAGUGACUCACUCUGGGGAUGGGGACCACACACUUGAGUAGUUUUCAUAAACAGCUUUCUAAGUAAGCAUGGCCUUGCUGAGAAGCAGGAAGAAUUCACCUGGGAUGGGGUGAUUUUUCUAGGAUCGAACCUCCCAGCUAAAUAAACAGGAAACUUGUUAGUGAUGGUUUCUUCCCUCUGAGGUUUGUGUGUAAACAAGAGAAGAGCUUGUUUCCUUCUUCACUGGCUACAAGUGCCCUGUGAUGUGUCUGUCAACAGCUUUGGGUGAAUCCCCUUCAUCACCAGACACUGCAGGUUCUUCUGCAGCCCAGGAGCUAAGGCAGUUGACACGGUUGUAGGUUACUUUUUGUUUCUUUAUAGGCAGAACUCCUGCCAUCUUGCUGAUAGUCCAGCAACCCAAGUUGUGAGAAGACAACUUACAAAUUCAAAUCUGGCAGAGGAUGCUGAAGGCCCUGUGUUUUCCAGUUAGUGGUCCUGCUUGAACCUGAGUCAAUGCAGAAUCGAUUCCUAAGGGAGGAAAGGCCUGUUGGGCCUUUGUGGGAUGCAAGAGAGCAUUAUGAGUGGAUGGACCAGAGUGUGCAUGGUGAAGUCAGACUGUGCCAUAGGAGCCAACUUCACUUCCUCCUCCAGGGAAAGUCUGCAGCAAUCUCCCUUCCUCCAGAAGUCAGGCCUGACUAACCCCAGGAGUGUCCUGUUUGGUCCUUUUUCCUUUUAGUUUGAUACAAACCCCAGCCUCCCUCCACUAGGGAUUUUCUUCCAGAGUUAAAGAUUAUUUAAACUAUCUAACUGAAAAGGGCACACACUUAGUUACAGACACCAGUGUGAAUGACUUGUUGGGAUGACUUACCAAUGCACAUGACAAGCUGUAGGUGACACAGGGUGCCAUAAGGGGUAAAAAUCCUUUUCUACUUUUGGAAAGCACAGUGUUUCUGUCAACAAUGCGGCAGAGGGCUGACAAACCCAGAUGUGGCAUGUGAACCUUUUCCCAGAUGGGUCAAGAAAGCGUGGCCUAGCCAACACACCACAGAGGGUCUAACUGGCACCAAGAAGGACACCAAUGAUUUUCUGGACAUUGGGCUUGAACAAGAGUAUGAAAAGUUCCACGCCAUCACCCAUGAGUCUCAGCUGAACCCAGAGAACAUUCAUAAGGGAAGGGGAACAUGGACACAGAUAGACAUGGCCUCCAUACAUACACAGGCACACACACACUCUCUCUCCUCACACACACACACACACACACACACACACACAUGCAGGCACACACAGGCACACACACAAACAAGCACACGUACAUACAGAAGCACACACACACAAGUUAUUCAUUUACCAAAUAUUAUUUGGUGGCGAAUUUCAAAGAGUUAUAAUUUUAUAUUACAUUACUCAUGCUGAUGGCAUCUCCUGCUUCCGCAGAUUUGGAUUUGUCUCCCAUAACAAAAAAUAAUUUUCCAUUAUUAUUGAAUUUAUUAGAAAUAUACAAACGUUUUAAUUGGAUAUAUAAUACUUUUCUGACAAAGGUCUCGGUUGUGAAUUCAAAAUAGCUGUAUCUUCAGCAGAGCAGUAUGUGAUUACACACAUCCUAAAACUUCUAAACAUCAUUCUUUAAAAGAAAGAGAUGGUUAGAAUCCCUUGGCUUUACCUAAGAAAUUAGUCUUUGAUUUUUGCACUCUCAAAAACCUUAUGUUCUUGUCAAUUUGGUACAAAAAAGUGAAAAUAUUUACAAGCAACAUUUAGGUCAGAUCUACAGAGUCAGAUAAAUCCCAGCAAGUGCUGGCAUGGAGUGAUGUCACACACACACACACACACACACACACACACACACACACACACACACACAGGCACACACAGAUGGGGUGGGUGGGUUCUUGGUCUCUCAAACAGGAACCCUGCUUUUACUCUAAAGACGGAAAACUUCUUUAGUAGGUUCAGAGGGCUGAGGCUAGCUGACACCUUGUGAGCUCAUUUUUUGCGAACUUUUUAGAAAUAACAUUUGGUCUCUCACCCUCAGUCAGUGUUUCUCCUGGAGGAUUAGUGGAAACAUCGUUUUCCUGAGUGCACAGUCCUGACCAUUACGCCUGCUUCACAGGUACGAUCCCCACAUCCUCUGCCGGCCUGCAGUCCCAUGCACUGUGUUAGCUUUGGAGCAGGAUUCUCAUCUAGUGCAUUACCUCAACUCCAAAACUGCGAAGGGCUCUGGUGCUCAUUCAUUCACCUAUGACUGGCGUGUUUGAAAAACACGAUUAAAUCACUACUAAGAAAUAGCCUCAAAUGAUUUCAUUCACCGCAAGUCCUAGAGUUCACUUCUCCAAAGCACAAUUCUUGGAAAAUAACUCUUGCUCUGCAAUUGUGACGAAUAGUUUAGAAAGACUAAAAAGUCCAGAACAGGCUGCUUCCCUCCCUUUCUCCCCCACCCAUGUCAAUAUGUCUCUGUGUCUGUAUACCUGUGUGUCUGUCUCUGUCUCUCAGUGUGUCUGUGUGUUUCUCUGUGCCUGUGUAUUGAAAAGGACAAUACGAAGACAAGUCCAGCCAGAAAGAUAUAACAGCAACAGCGAUGACACACCCAACACGUGGUGGUACAUACAAAGACCCAAGUCCCAAACUUCUGACAAUGAAAUGGUUCCACUCUCCCAAGCUUUGAUGUGACUGUCUGACUCCCAGCCUAGCUGCGGCCCUAGCAGUUAAAUGAUGAAAACAGACAUGGUCUGUUGAUUUUCUAAUAAGAAACAGAUUACUCCUCUUAGACUAAAGUGCAGCUUCAGGGGGGUUAAACCCCUUCAGUCAGGGCCUUAGGCUGAAUCACAAGAGUCAACAUUUAGUUGGGAGGCUGCGGAGAGCUUGGUGACUGAAGGCAAGCCGUGCUGCACAACACUGAGGUGCUCACGAGUGUCUGUCACUCCAGUUUCGGGGUGUCCAAGUCUUUUUUUUUUUUCUGGCCUUCUCAGGCACCGGCAUACACAGUUACAAAUAAAAUCAGCAGAAAACAAGAAAAGCAAACACCCACCUAGCUGGUCCUCUGCACUGGAAACCUCUUUCCCUUCUUUGCUGCCCCCUUUGUGAAAAACAUACAAGAUAUUCUCUUUGCUCAAAUAAAAGCAAUUGCCUUAUUUUGCUAUUUGUAUCAAGAAAAGAAGUUCAGAUGAGAACAUCUGGCUUUGCAGAAUACUUUCUCGGCAUUCCUUGGCUUUAUUAGACUUGCACGUACUCCACGGAAUACCAUGAAGUUGCAUUUAACUUCUGUAAUGCUUUAAAAAUUAUAAUCUAUUUUAAAAAUGGCAAAAUAGGUUGUUUAAAGGAUUUCUCUGGCCUGAUCUUUUCCUCUUCUCUUUAUGUUCUGAACUCGGUGGGUAAUUGCCUCGCUUCUGGCUAUACAGAAACUGCACAUCUAUUUCCUGAAAAACACCAAUUAAACUGCCAUCGCAGCAUCUCCUACGGUAUCUGUUGGUCUUCGGUGUCAAAGGCCUUAGAACAAAUGGCCGGAAGGCUCUCUGAAGCAGCCUCUGAUGGGGCUGCCAACUCUCAACACUCACACUUUACUUCAGCUUAAGCUUUCUGCUUUGCCAGAAGCAAGAGAGAGAAACAGCACGUCAACUUCAUGAUGUUGCACAAAUGCUAAAGGUUACGGUAAAAGUGAUGCUUUUCCGGGAGGCUAAUCACUUUCAAAGGUCACUAACAUUGUCUUAAAAGGAAGGGGUCUCCCCUUCUAGUCUAUUUGAUCUAGAUUUCUGAACGCAGCUAAAGAAUGGCUUUUCAAUAGGAUAGUAAGAACCGCAGCAAAAUCUGCCCUUUCCCCUCCCCCUGAUCUCCGUGAACAUCAGCUUCUCCAUGGGGGGCAUGAGAGGUGAAGUUUCCACAGAUCCUCAGUGAGCCUCACCAAGUUACUAGUCAAUGAGGAAACAGACUCAGAGAGGUUAUGUGAUGUGUGCAAGGCCAUGCAGUUGAAGCCUUGAGUUCUGAUUCCAAGACUCAAUGCGUCCGAGCUUCCUUGCUACACCUGUUUCCUUCGGUCCUUCCUGCGGGGAGUUCGGUCACUCUCUGGUCUGAUUCAGAGCAGGGGUUCAUAACCUUGGUUGUGGACUUACUAAUGUAAAAAUACUUCAGUAUGAGCCCCGUACUAAGUGUGAAUGUGAUUUAAACAGGCUCAGGAAGGGCAUGAGGGUUAGCACUAGUCAGUGUAGCGGUGACUUGAAUAAGACAACAGGCCUCUUCGGGGUGACUCAAUUCUAAUGCUGCUUAGAUGAGUAGACUCUAGACCAGGAGAAUCCACAGGUAGCUCCAGUGUGACAGUCACCACAGGAACUGGUCGUCAAAGAGAGCCGCAUGAUUUUACUAAGACUUCAAGGAAAGCCACUCAACUGACCAGGCCACAGAGGGGGCACCAAGACCCACAGAGCUAGCGUGAGAGACCAAAACCUAUGACACUGGAAAGGGUGCAUGCUGGGACUGAUCAGGUACUGGAGUCCGCAAGGUCGGAGUUUGGGCAGCAUGCCUGCUCCUCAGGAACUGUGUGAACCUGGGCCAGUCACUUGUCUUUGGACAUUCACUGGCCAGCAGACUCAAGAGGGAUGGGCGGAGACCUAUGAAAGGAGGAAGACAAUGGCAGCCGCUGCUGGGAGCUGCAUUGUUGUUAUGAGAGGGAUAAUGAUUAGUGUCAGGGAGCACUGAUAGAUAAAAAAUGUAAAAAGCUUUUCUGUCCGCCAUCUUUCCUACUUUAAUCACUUAGCAUGAGGUGUUCACAUUUGCUAUUAGCUGGGCGAUUCUGCUUCUCAGCCCUGACAGCUAAGGGAGGUGAGCACCACUCCUCCCACUUCCCAUCCGUUCAGUCUCCAGUUUCUGGGCGUCUGUGAUUGAAGACGCCUGCAAGCUCGUUUGUUAGUUCCCUGUGAAAAUGAGUUUCAACACAGAUGUCAAAUUCGGGAAAGUAUUCACAAGUACUUGAUAGCAGCCCCCAGGUAACUUCUAAACAAUCACUUCUGAACAUUAAAAGUUGUGGCAAAUAGGUUCCAAUCUAAGUACAGGUGUUGGAUAGGGCUGAGGGAAAAAGUGAACAGAUAUAUUUGUCUUCAACCUCCUCCAUUUAAGUGAUGACUGACACGGGUUGAAGAUUUCUUUCUGAAUGCAAACUGAAGAGCAUUUCAUUUCUCCCAUGAAGGACCUCUAACUAGCAGGUUGAGAAAAUCUGAUGUGCCCCUUAUAUUUUCUCUUGGAUCACAACUACAGAGUAGAGAGGGUCUAGGAGCAGCCACUCUGGUUCUCAAUCAAGGUCACCAGAAGGCCCAUGAAACUCUAUGCAAAGGGCUCCCAAUUCUAAACGUACACCACCAAGCACAUACCCAGGAGAGUAAAGGCUUGGCCCUGCUGUGUUUACAUCUACUAUUUAUUACCUGUGGGGUGGCUGGCACUCCAUCAUUAUUAUUAUUGUGGGAUAUUCAUAUGCAAACACUUGGAGAAGAGCAUCAAUCCAAACCACUCUAUGUACCGAGAGGCAACAUAGAGUUCUCCCCCGGAGAACUGGUGACCGAACCCAGGGCCUUUUGCUUGCUAGGCAAGUGCUCUACCACUGAGCUAAAUCCCCAACCCCAGUAUACUCAUUUCAAAACUGCCCUUGCCUCCCACUCCAUGCAGACCCCUGGGACAUCAGUGGUGGGUGUACGCAUCCUCUCUAGUGGGCACGUUCCCACCCUUAUGCUGUGUGCAUGUGCCAGGCACUCUGACAAUCUCCUGAGCCUCUCUGUACCUUCUCUUCUCUCCCAUUCCCAGCUCUCCUGCUCGGUAUUUCUAGCCUCACACCAACUCCUUCUCAUGCUCUGAUGCUGUUGAAGCAUUGUCAACAUUUAAUCUCAGUAGAAACGGAAACAGAAACACCAAGAUGUUAAAACAAAUUAUGUGAGGUUUGUGUGCAAUCUGCAUACAUCUGGGUAUACUUUCCAGUAAAAUCUCCAUUGUUUCUAAUAUUUGUGGAAAAUGAAAUUGGGAGUAUUCAUGAAUAACCCUGUGGCUGGAAUCUGGCUGCACUAUUUCACACUAACAGGCUGUUACUAAGUCUAGAGCAUAGGGACAUUUCAAGUGAGUUUUCCCAUCUCUGAUUUCAGUGCACUGAUGACUCAUGGUUGGGAGUGCAACUGAGAUUUAACUUCUGUGCUCUGCAAUAGUGCCUGGCACAGGGCAAACGGUCAAGACAUCUUUGUGAACUGAACGGUGGAAGCAGAGAGAGAGGUACCUGCACUUCCUUGACUUCACGGUGUCACUUUAGAGGAGGACACAGAGUCUCUAAGAAAGCAACUGAGUCACUAAUGACCCUUUCGUGGUCAACUCUUCUCUAAGCUCUGACAUAAAUACCCUUUCCUCUAACAUACUGUAGUUUUUAGUCAUAAAGGUAAUUCAUUUGAAGAAGAUUAGAUACUGCUAGCAUAUAUGAAGACAAAAUUACUGAGGCCGCCCCUCCUGAGGACAGCAUGAUUAACCCGCUGGCACACACACAUCCUUUCAGACAGCCCUGUGCGCCGGUACACACACCUGACACAGGAUGAUAGUUUCUAUCCUUGCCUUUGGGACUGGACUUCCUUAUUGUUGCUCUAAGCCCAUUGUCUGUUUCCUCUUAUAGCUCCUGCCCUCCCCCCAUGUCCUCAAUCCAUUCCUUCUGCCGUGCCUCACUCCUAUUUCAAGACGACUCUGUCCCCAUUUCCCUCUGCAGGCGUCUCUGUUCUUCAGGUUGUUAGGCUGUGAAGAAAUCCUCUGUAUCUCCAGUCUUCCCUUCUGUUCUGGGGUACCCGAACUUGAGGCCAGCAGGUGUAUAACCCCAUGCAUUUGUCCCCUAAAUCAGGCCAUAGAUGUGUGUUUCUCUUUACAUCUCUAAGAGACCUCUACACUGCCCUCCAGUCUUCUUGGCUCCCUUCAUCCGUUACCUAGACCUAGCCACCCUUUAUACUCUUUAUCUGUCUCUUCCCAGUUGACCUUUACCCUCUGACCUUUCUUCAUCAUUCUCCACCUGGAUUUACUGCUUCCUGAACCACCGAACAUAUUAUCAGUCCCACCACCGUAGCCAGCCAACCACUUCUGUCUUGCCAGUCCUGUGUUUUUAGAAACGCCCCGCUCUUGCGGAAUGGUAUUCUGAUGCUCUCACCAUUUCCCUCUGGGCUAAAUGUCCACCCCUGUUUCUCACUUCUGAAAGGAAGGACUUAUUAUGCACCUAACCCCAAAGCAUUUGCCAGUUACGUGUUCAUGAUUUAUUGUGUGCAAACUCCACUCACUCAUCCGGUAACUGUUUACUGAUCGUGCAAUCUAUGAGGGAGUAUACUGAUGUCCUACAUGCAGCACUCAAUAAGAAAAACAAGCCCUGCCCUCAUGGGUCAUAUAGGCCGGGUUAGAGAGAAAGACCCAUUACAUAGUGGUCUCAGCCCAAACACUUCCAGCCUUCCAUUAAAAUCUUAACAGAGUGCUGGGGGCUAUAGCUCGGCUGGUAGAACACUUUGCCUGACAUGCAUGAAGUCCAGGGUUCUAUCCCUAAUACUGCAUUAACCAGGCAUGGUGACUCCUGCCUGUCAUCCCAGAACUCGGGAGGUAGAGGCAGAAGGAUUACAGGGUCAAGGUCAUCCUCCCCUACACAGCCAGUCUGAGGCCAUCCUAAGAUACGUAAAACCAAAUCUCAAAUUAAAAAAAAAAAAGGAAAAGGAAAUUAAAUGAGGUCUGGGGAUACAGUUCACUGGCUGUAUCCAGGUGGUAGGGCUCAGAGAUCCACGCUGGACACGGAAGAAUGGAAAGAAGAGAGUCAAAUGGGUCAGCCCUAAGAGGUGAAGGGCUCACAUCUGUGGUCCAGGUUCCAAGCUGGCAGAGAUCAGAAAAAAGAGCGAGCUACUGGGGGCGAGCAUGAGAAGCACAGCUUUCCUUAAGACACAGGACACAACCUACAACAAACCAGGACGGUCGAAGGAGGUGCCUUCCACUGGAGGUAGGUGGGUAUGAGGAAAGGGCACCCACGGGAAUAAAAGCAAUGGCAACAUUGUGGGCUCAUUUUGAACAAAGGUUCUCUAAAAACCCAGCUGUGAGCAGUCAGCUCUGCAGUGGACAUGAAGACGAAUGACUAAGCCUCAGCUUCCACCAUCAAAGGACUUGCAGCUAGCCAGUAGGGUGGAACAAGUGCGUGAUGACCUAUCACACCACAGAAAGGAAAUCGUCCUCAAAAGAGACAGAGCAGAGGAGAGGAAAAAAAAAAAAAAAACCCGCCUGGACUCUGGCGAGUGCAGACCCGGGAGGAGUGGGUCUCGGUUAUAUAACCGUACUUACAGAAUCAGGUAUUUUAUUCACCUACAUCCAACAGUACAUUUGUGGGCAGAGCAGGUGAGAUUACGUUUUCCAGAUGAGCAAUGGAGGAACAAGUCUUUUAAGCAACCUGCUUUCUGUUGGGAACAUAAAACAGGCAACAGUAAAACGAGAACACCCUGUCCGUCUCGGCCCACUCCUGCACCAUCCAAGUCUCUAGAGCACAGAAAUAAGUUCUAUCAUUGCGUCUGGUACCUGUCAGUCACAGUAAACAGGGAGCCCUCCUCACAGACCAGGCAUGACCCAAGACCUUCUCACGUGCUGCUUCUGCAUGGCCCUCCACCCUGCCCUGGGUCUCUCCAAAGCACCAUCAGCCUUACUGCCUACACUGGGUUUCACCCUCAGGGAGCUUUCUGAGAGAGCAUCACGAGGCGUGCAGCAAGCACACUGCGUGGGUUGGAGUGGAUGAGUGCCCAGGACCUCCACGGCUCAGGAAGGGCACCCUGGGCUCUUGCAUCCCUCUCCCUCUUAAUUUCUAGAGUUGAAGUGGCGGGUACCGCUCCCCAGCUUCUGCAAAAUGAAUUCAAACAGUUGUUAAAAUGCCUCCGCGUCUGCAAAACUGUCCGAGGAACAGGGACAAACGGGGCCGAGAGAGCACUAGGAACCAUGCACCGAGGAAAGACGAAGAGCGGGCGGGAAGAUGACGGGUCCCGAACAGAAAGCUGAGGUUCCUUCCACCGAGGGCAGGAAGCCUCGCGAGAUCUAGGGGUCGUGAUCUCGUUGCGUUGCCUAGCGACCAAAGGACGCUAGCGGGCCCACUGGCGAAACCCCGCUGUAGCCCUAAGUAUCCUACCAUGGGGGAAGAAGGCGGCGGCCGCAGCGGCGGGAUCUCUAGGGACCUGCUGAAGCUGAAGCAGCAGGCGAUGGCGUACUACCAGGAGAACGACGUCCCGCGCAAGCUGGAAGAGCUGCUCAACUCUACCUUCUACCUCCAGCCUGCGGACGUCUACGGGCACCUGCCGCCGAUCACUGGCAGGGCGUCUCAUCUUGGCUGUUUAACCAUCAACUACGACACCAUAGAACAGCCGCUGCUGCUUAUCCAGGGGAUCUGUUCGAACCUGGGGUUAGAACUGGGAGUGAACUUCCAUCUCGCCAUCAACUGUGCUGGGCAUGAGCUGAUGGACUACAGUAAAGGGAAGUACGAAGUGAUGGUGGGCACUUACAAAAGCGCAGCUGAGAUGGUGGAACUAUACGUGGAUCUGAUCAACAAGUAUCCUUCCAUAAUUGCCUUAAUUGAUCCUUUCAGGAAGGAGGACUCCGAGCAGUGGGACAGCCUCUAUGCUGCUGUGGCUUCCAGGUGCUACCUAAUUGCAGGCGCUGCUUCCAGAAGUGUGUCUAGGCUCCUAGAGGACAGAAAUAUAAGCCUCCUGAAGUACCACGGACUGAUCAUAAAGCACACAAACCAAACCACGAUGUCCGACUUGGUGGAAAUAACCCAUCUCAUCAAUGGAAAGAAGCACCUUGCAGUCUUUGGAAGCACGGACUCGGAGUCCUCUGAUGACAGCCUUGUCGAUUUGGCUGUUGGACUCGGUGCCCGGUUUAUCAAGCUGGGGGGUCUUUCUCGGGGUGAACGGAUGACCAAAUACAACCGCCUUCUUGCUAUAGAGGAAGAACUCAUCCAGAGUGGAGCAUGGGGUUUCAGUGAGGAACACAAUUUUUCUUUCUUUCAAGAGGAUGCUACUACCACAACGGCUGAGGAAACUCUUGAGCCCCUGGACUCCAUUUUCCCCACAGAGGUUAUAGAAGAAUCAGCCAAAACAUGAGCCUCACGGCACUGGCCUCCCAGGACAGUCACUUCACAAGUGGCUAGCUGGUGGGAAGUGUCUCCACAGUGGCUCUGCUCUUAACUCCGCUUAUAUAUGUAAAUGAGCAUAAUUACUACUUGUGCAUGGUUUUUAUUUUUUCAGUUUCACCGUCAGAUAAAAAAUAUAUAUGGUGGUUUUCCGUGCAGUUCAUGAGUUUUAGUUCACAGCUAUAUUGCCAUGGGGACACUAGCUGCACUGCCUCCUUCUGAAGGUCACAACCUAACUUCAUUAGAGGCAAAUGUAUUUCGAUGCCAGGUCCACGCCCAGACACACGUGCCUUACCCCUUACAAGUCAGAGCGCCUCUACAACCAAAAGACUGUUUGCCUGAGUAGCUUGCGGUGCCACACAGGCAUCCUUUGAUUUUGUUUCUCUUGGACAUCUGUGCUAAUCACCGGUGCUUUGCCUGGCAACUCAUGAGCACCGAGCAUCAAGGACUGCCUUGUCUGCAGCUGUACCUCUGUCUCAGCCACUGGCACGUGACUGCCUUUCCGCACCCCUCUGACGUUCUCAUCCUUGUAUUAUUUUUCCUUAGAUCCCUUUUGGAAUGAAAGUGGGAUUAACUUAAUAAAACCACUCAUAAAUGAAUGUUCUUACCACCAUUCAAUGCCCUCUUACACCACAGCACCAAGAAACAAGCAGCAAGUGGUCAGCACCUAUGACAGACAAAUCCGUGUUAACAGAUACUCGUCCUCUGUGAGCCAGUGCUGGGCUUGUAUCAGGGCAUUCGGAUAAAUAUCCAAACAGAGAGAACAGCGAAGUCCUUUACAUCAUCCUGCUGUGUGUUAGGUGAGCUGUAACAACGGCUAUCUGUAAUAGAGACCGGGUAAGUUACACUGGCCUGGCCUGCAGUAGAAUUUUUCCAGUUGGGGCUCGGUCUGUUUGAAGAGAAAGGCAAAGGGAGACCAGCCUCCCCUCAGAACUGCGAUUUGAGAUGGGCUCGGUUGCAGACUCGUUGGAGCAUGGCAUGGGGAACUGGGUGGUCAAUGUUACUACAAGCUUAGGGAAACAUGUCCCAGUCUGUGGCGGCUCCCCGUCUCUCCAGCCACUUAAGGACAAACAGCGGGGCAGAGGAACAGAAAGGAGCAUCUGUUUUAAAGGCAGGCCUGCUAAGACAAGAUGUUCACCUGGCCUUAGUGGUGUUUCUCUCUCACACAAGUGCUACGAAUGUGCCUUGGGACAGACAUAACUCUUAAGUGAUGAAGCCACAGCAAAAUAACUGACCAGGUAAGCACCCUAAUGCCAGCCCAGAAUGCACUCUGGUCAUAGUGGUUCACCUGAGGACUGUGCUCACCAAUGGGUAGGGAUUUUUCUUAGAGGGCUUUCCUUAUUCAUUCAUUCUCAUAUUCGUGCACUCUCCCUCCCUCCAUCCCACCUUCCCUUGCUUAGAAUACUUAGUAUCAUCUAUACGGAGAUGAGAAAUGACUUUGGGAUGUGAGAUGGACGUGAAGCUGUUUCAGGGCUUGCACACCUAUGACAGGUGGGUUACCUACCCUCCACAAACACUGGAGUUGCUCACUGGCAGAAGCGAUCCAUGCAUGGUGGCCUCUGCGGAAGCACUCCCAGAUGAGUUUAGGACUGUGAUACAGGCUAUCACUUGCCCAACAUAUAACUGACAGUGGUCUGGAAAUCAUGCUUAACUUACAGGUGACAACCCUUUCAUUGUCCAUGAGGUAAGGAAGGAGUUAUGUGGUCAAGUCAUAAGAGCCCCAUUUAACUCAGAGCAACCCAGUAGGGUGCUAGCAGCCCUGGCAACUCCCUGUCAGCCAACAUCCCAGAGCUGGAGAACUACUUAGGGCUAUCAUGGGGGUUUGCGUAGAACUCACUCGGACAGAGGGUCUGCAUGCCUCUGCUCACUAUGGUUAUACAAGUGUCAGAAGCAGUCAAGAGCGCUAGAGCAAAGAGACCUAACCCACACUUUCAAAACAGAAUUAAUGUCCUGCUAGAGAAAAGAAAAUGUGUAGCCCCUCCCAACUGGCACAUGAGUCGGGCACACAGGAGACACACAGCUAAGCUUACCUUGGGGUUAACAAGUCAUCCCGGCAAAGGGCAGAACCUUAAAGCUUAGGUGAAAACAGGAAAACUGUACGGAAAAGGUGAGCAAAAGUCCACAUCAAAUACUUACAUCCCACAGUCCUUUGCAAAGCUUUGUGGUCACAGGGAAGGAAAGAGCAUUUUUAACUGAUGAAAGGCAAAGAUGCUUUCAAAAUACCAGGUACAGGUAGAUGACCCAGUCCAGCCAGCACACCUCACCCAAUGGUUAAUGUCUGCUUUCAAACCACAUUAGUAUGCCCAUAUGUGUGAUGAUGUAACAUGGGACCGUGGUGCACCUGUUUUCACUGUCCUAGAAGUGUAUGACACACAGCAGUGACCUGGUGGAAGAUUUAAGAAAUGUAGAAGAAAGCUGCUUGGUGCUACCACUCACACUGCUUUUCCAUUGGAAGAGGCAAGGCUGGCUGUGUGUGCCGGGAGGUAGCUCAGGGGCAGGAGGCUUGACAGAAUCCCAUGCCCAUCACAGGAAACCAGAAAACAAACAAAGUAUCUCUCUAGGCUGCAGACUUUCAACCUGUCAAUAACCACAGCCCACCCUUAAUAAAAAACCGCCAUGUGUCUCUUUUAAUGUGUGAUGUUGAGGAGAGUUCAAAUCACAGCAUAAGAGAACCCAUCUAAACAAAUCAAUCUGUCUACAGUUAGCAUAUCGUCUAGCGGUAUUAGUCAGUCAGGGAAGCACACGGUUGAAAAAAAAAUCAUGUUUUAAUUCCCCAUGAGUAAACUGACAGGGAUAUAAAAUCAGCACUGACAGACAGGGGAAAUAGUCAAGCCCAGUGAACCUACAGAAAGAGAAUUGUCCCCAAGCCGAGGAAGUAUCCUCACCUGCCUUCCCACCUCCCCAGGCCCACUAGUAGCACACGUGCAAAAAUACAAUAGGAUACAACUACUGCAAUUGUUACUAUCAUUUUCUUUUGCCCUCAGGUGGGGAGCACCUGACAGCUACAUGCCGAGUCAUGCUAACAAAACUAAGCCUUUCGAUUUCCUUAAUAGUAAAAUUACCAUUACUGAAUCAUUAUCAUAAAAAGUGCACUCAAGUACAUUACCACUUAUUUUAAAUAAACACCAAUUUUGAAACAAUCAACUUUGAAAACCUGCAUAAGUUUUUUUUCUUAAAUCCCUGAUUACAUUUCUAUUUAGUCACCGUGGUAGUCUGAAACAUUGUAUUUUUAGAAACUACCACUUAAUUUCCCCUAAAAACAAACAAACAAAAAAACAAAACAAGAAAAGACCCAUGUAGUAUAGAUCCUCAGUGAAGGAAGAAAAACAAUGUGUGCUUGUUACUUAUCUUCCCUGUGCAUAAGAACGGGCGUUACAUAUGGUACUUGUGCCCUGUGAAUGUGUGGGAAAACACAGUUAACUCAUGGAACAGAAUGGGUAGUUUACUGAGACAUCCCUGUUAAAUUCAAGGUUUGAGCAUCUGUCCAAGUCUCUGUUGAGGCUGCCAGGAUAUCACCCCUGAAGGACUCUCUAAGCCUGGGACACAGGGUCACGUUUUCCACACAAUAGUCAACUGUGCUCAACUCAGACCUAAGAGACCAUGAUGCCACCUCCUGAGCUCAGAGCUGGCCGGUCUCGUGUACCCUACAAAAUGGAGACUCUAAAGGACCCACUAAUGUCCUGACUGCUGCAGUUUCCCAUCAGAAGACCAGACUCAAACAAGAGACUCUUCCAGGCCUUUUCUUUAUAUGGAGUCUUGCUAUGUGACCCGAACUCAAGCUCAGGCUCAAGUGAUCCUCUUGCCUUAGUCUCCCCAUGUGCUGGGCUUGGAUUAGAGGGUGCCCCUUAAGAUAAUUGUUAAGUUUGGUGGUCUCUGUUUAUCCAGUUACCAGCAACCACCUUUAAUUUUCCCAUGAAUAAUUUGAUGAGUGGUAAGCACGUUCCCUGUAAAGACACCAACAUCUGAGUUCUGCCACAGUCUCAAGAAAGUCAUACUUCAUAUAGAAACUAGAAAGAACCCUUACCCCGUAAAGAUUAAAAACUACCCAGAAGAUGCGUUUUGCUAAACAGCUUACUUAUGUUCAUAAUUGCUACUUACAAAGUGAUACCAGCAAAGGAGUGUGGGGAACAAAGGAAUGUCCAACAGUUCUUGACAGUACACACAGGUGAACCACGUGCUCACUGAGAAGGCCCCGCAAACACGCCAGCCUCUGGUUUCAGAUCAGCAGUUAGAACUGUCCGUCUCUCCCGUUUUUCCACCACUGCUGUCUUCUUUGAAUUCUGGUUGUGUUUCGCCUCUCUCCUCCUCCUUGCAUUGGGUUGGGUCUUUCUCAGCAGCCUGGUCUUUGGUUUGGGGUUCAUGUGUAGAAACAGGAUCUAAAACUACAACCGGCUCAGACUGGUUUUCACUGCCCACACAUUUUCUCCUGUAUCCACCUUUACUGGGAGGCCUGUGAGAAGACAGUUAAAUAGAAAAAUAACUAAGCAGAAGAAAAGAAAACACUUGAUUUUCAGAUUCCCGGAUUCAGAAAAAUGACAACAGAAAUGGUCCUAAGUCUAACCGACAUGCACAACAUGUAAGUCUUUGGGAUGCCAGCCAUUUAAAAAAAAAAAAAAAAGGCAGCAGCAGAUAAUCUGAUUAUGUAAUAGGCACAGAGGGCCAGGAAAGAGAAAGCAGAUAGACUCAAAGCAAUUAAUUACGGAAGUAGAAAACAUCAACUGUACCUACCUGCUUAAUUGCUCGCUCCUCUAGGAAGUACACAGCCCUUGGCUCCACUCUGCAAUCCCAAACACUGCCCACGCUGCCUUUGUCCCACCAGCCUAGCUCAGCAACAAGGAGCCAGCCCAGACCCCCACUACCUCUUGCUCCCAGUACAGCUGUUUGCAGCUUAGCUGAGAAGAGGUUGCAUGGAGAGGGUUGGGGAUCAUCCUGGCUCAGUGAUGGACAGACGAGAGUGGCAACCAGCUGUGCCCACCACAGCCAUUACCACCCAGGAGGGAGACCUGACCUCAGGAGGUGGGUGGAGAAAGGGCUGAGGAGAGCACUCAGGGAAUGUGGUCGGACGCCAAAGUGUCCAGAAGCUUCCCUAACCAGGAGAACUCGGUUCUUGAGAAGUUUCUUUCAGAAUUUUCUAAGUGGUUUUCUUUCCCUCAGAAGUUGCCUCCCUUCUGAUGUAAGAAGCUAUUGUUUUUCAUGCCAGGUAGGCAACAAAGUUUCCUUGUGGGAACAGAGGUGUUCUUCAAAUAUACUCUAUUGCCAAGUGUUAAACUGUGGUUCCCAAAUCCUCUCAGAAGUAAUGGUGGGUACACCCUGGGAAGGUUUCAGGCUGCUGGGCUUGCCUAGAGGGAACACAGCAGCUGCAGUGGGCAGGGCCAAGGCUCUCAAGAUGAUUCUGGUCUUCCCAGCCAAUGGUCCAUUCCAGAUUGAGACUUUCACCCUAGAGAACCAACUGUGAGUCAGAGCUGUGAGUCAGGACACGGCAGCCCCACCUGAUAUGUGAUGGAGAGGUACUGCUUAGCGCCUGCUCACUGAUCUACCUGCCCCGACCUUUGUCAGACACUGACUUCCACUGGCCUGUCUUCUUGAGCAGGUCAGAUCGUGUGACAGUUCCUCUCUUACAUGCAGUGUUUCUCCUUUUCUGAAUUCAACACGGUUAAUUAGGUGUUUGUUUGACUCUCUGAUAACAUAUGGGACAGGGACUGUUGAGUUUUGUCUAAGACUCUACCCCCACCCCCACCCCCAGCAUCCACGUAGAUCAUGUAUAAAGUAAUCAAAUGAACGAAUAAUUAAUAGCAGACUAGAGAAGAGCCUGAGUGAAAGCUUGGGUGAGAGUAGAGCUGGAGGUCUCAUCCGUACAUGGAAACAGAACGAGACAUCUAUUUCAGAAGAUGACUUGCAUGACCUGCUUGCAAGGCACAAAAGCCUGAACCAGAAAACCACAGUUUUCUACAAGCUCUAACCAAAUGCCUGCAAGACAUUCUCUGGCUGGCAGGUCGUAUUAAAGACAUGGGAGAGGAGCAGAAGGAAGGAGAUCCUCAGGAAUGGACAUGCCAGAGACCAUGAUGUUGCUGUCUGUCUACCUUAGUCCAGGAAACAUUUCUCAAAGCACCCACUACUAUGUCCUAGAGGGCAGGUUGGGGUGCCAUUUCCUUGGUAGUACCUGUUUCAACUUUCUCUGGUCCAGGCAACAUCUUAUAGCUUAUCAGAAAAGCAGAGCCACCUAAAAGAGCUGUUAACGGGAAUUAGAUUCAGGGCAACAGAGGACACGGUGCAAGUCGGCCAUGUCUAUGCAUGAAGCUUGGCGUUCUGGCAGCCACCAAGGCAAGCUGGCUGUAAACUGGCAGAGACUGAGGACAAACUAGAGAUGCAUCUUCCUGUGACAAGGGCCCAUCAGACUGACGCACCUACCCCACAGGACAAGCCUAGCCCUACCACGCGGAACCUGCACAUGCAUCUGAGCUAGAAAGCGGGCAAGCUGGAGAGAAAGCUGGGAGGAACGACAGAACCGAUCCACAGGCCAGCCACUGUUAACAUGUGAGUCAGCACAUUAUACCCUUCAUAAGCUAUCCCAGAUAAGCUACACAUGAACCUUCUCAUGGUUCAAAGAAAAACGUUAUUAAAGCAUCAUCACCUCACGUAUGCUUGGGACACUUCUCUCAUGGCCUGGAAACAAGCAUAUGGGGAGUCCCAGGAGGUGAAGCUGCAGCUUAGCUUAGCCACAUGGAAGUCUGCAGGUCAGCUCCAGUUAGCUUGCUCGUGAGCCUGCUGCUGUCGCUAGCCAGCGUGUUGGAAACAUGCAAAGGAGAGAAUCUCACUCUGCCGUUUGGAGUGAGCAAUUGCCAUAGGUCCAUACAAACCUCUGCUGCUCCCGUGGACUACGGUGGGCGUUUUCAUGUCCCCCCCGUGUAUCUGCAGGCCAAGGGUGGUUAACAUCUCCUAGCAAAAGCUGUCUUCGUCAGCUGGGAAUUAGAGCUCUCCAGGAAUUGCUUUCAGCAUCCUGUGGCAGCAAUGCAAUUAUUUAGACUAAGUUAAUUAAUGUGGGAAGACCCACCCUGAAUGUGGGCAGCACCAUUCCCUAGGCUUGUAUCCCAGACUGAAUAGUAGAAAGAGCUGACUUGUAGCAUUCAUUGUCCUCCAAUUCCUGACUAUGGAUACAAUGUACACAGCUGCCUUGACCUCCAGCUAUCAGGUCACCGCUGACAAAAUGAACUAAUACACCAUCACACUCAUCAUCCAAAAUUAACCCUUUCCCCCUUAAGAUGCCUGUGUCAGAGUAUUUUAUCAGAGCAAUGGAAAAGGUAACUAAUACAUUCCCAAUCCCACAUCCUUUGGGGACAGUGCUGAGAACCUAGGCCACUGUUCAAGGAAGCCAUGUGGGUCUAGAGGUUUGAACCCAAAGAAAGCUCAAGCAGUUGUACCACAGGGGCCUGGUCCACAGUGGCGCCUUCUUCUUCAAUUCAGCAUCUAAGGACAGUAAUUGCCAAUAAGCAAUUAAAGUUCACACUCAUGAAGGAGCCACGGCAGCCUUUCUCCUGAUGCAGCAGAAUCUGUAAAGCAAAACUGCUGAGUCACAGAGAGAGGGCGGGGAGGAAGGCUAUGCACGGUCAGUCCCUCCCUGUCAGAUGCAGACUUGGGGAGGACAAGUGAAACAAUCCACCAUCUACCAACAUAGAUAGAACCUGCAUCAGUAGUCUCCGGGUCCAAACAGCAGAAUCUUGUAGUUAUCCGAGAUCCAUUAUAGUAGACCUUCUUCAUGGAUCAUUUUGGAUCACGUGCUGAAAGGUUGUUUCAAGGAAACUCCCCUACUCCACCACCCCUGCCAGAGCAAGCCCAUUAAAAGCUAGAAUUCGAGACCUUAAUCUACAACUCUAUUACAACUGACAGCUACUUUCCCUCAAUUGCAGGAGAACCAGAACAAGGGACUCUGGUAGGUGGGCUUCCCUUGCUGGUAAAAGAAAGACCUGACUCCAAACCGAAUCGGUGUAAGAAGGAUCGGAAGUGUUGCCGUUUCACCAAAGCCGAAGUUGGUAAAGGGAUUCGUUAUUUCUCAGACUGUGUCCCAGGGCACAGAAGCAAAGCACCCCCCUCCCCCCCCCAAAAAAACCCAGUCAUUGUUUGCAUUCAAUGAAGUUCCUUUCAAAAUCAA